GUACACGUGAAGCUCCCGUUUUCCUCCUCCGUCCACUGGGCACGGGAGUGGGCUGAGAAGAAGACACCAUAAACGAACUGUCUCCCUCGUCUCGUCUCGUCCCGUCGUCCCGCGCGUCACCUCUCCUCUUCCGCUACGCCGCGCCACCGCCACCGCCUCCGCCGCCCUAGGGCCCUUCCCAUCCCCACCGGCUGCGCCCGCCGUCCGCAGCCGCUUCGUUCCCUCCCCCCACCCCGUCGCCACUCGCCACACCGUGGCCGGGAACGGCAAGCCACACCGCACCUGCUGCUCUCCUCCUCCUCAUCUUCGCCGCCGCGGACCGAGCCACUCUCCGAUCCUACGGGGAGGUAGAUCUAUAAUUGCAAAGUUUAGGCCCUAGCCAAAUCUCAGAAUGGAAAUAUCUGGUCCAGGUGGUGGCAGCAACCACACGCAUCUAACUGAGAGAGGAGAAAUAUUAGAGGAUGCACAUGAUAAGAAAGAUGAGCUGCGAGCUGAAGAUCUUGAACUGAAGUUAAAUGAACCUUUUCUUAACUUCAUGAGACUCAGACUUAUACCGCAGUGGGGUCAAGGCUUUACUUCUGAGUGCCAACUCAAAACUGCACAAGAUCAGCUUGAAUGGCACAGCCAGAUAAAGCCAACAAGAUUGCCUGUCCUGGCACUUCACAUUGGCAACAAAAAGUUCGCUCGGACAAAUGAAUGCGACAUAUUUGUUAAGUUCUUCUACCACAAAAAGUCAGUUAUAUUCCAAAUGUCCAAGGACAAGCUGUGUAGGAAGGUUGACAUCCCCUUCGACGACAUUACAUCCUUUUGUUUCGUUUUCGGACAGCAGUCUGAUAUCCUGACAAUAGAGGUCAAAUCUUCAUUGAUACCCUUAAGUGCUGCUAAGCCACUUCCAGGGAAGUUUCUUGAUUGGAAAGUAGAUUACUCAAAAGAUGAUGAGUACUAUUUUCCUGAAUCAAAAUCUUUAUGGGUUGAGGCUGAGAAGGGGAGCUUGGAAAAGACCUAUGCAAAACUCAAGUACACUAAUCCUCAUUUGACAUGCUUGUUUACGGAUGCAGGGGAACAAGGAGAAACAUCUGCAAGACAUGCCACCUGAUGGUGAAUGCAUGGAAGAAGGAGGAUCUGACUGGCUGCAUGCACCAUACUGGGGUUGGGAGGCAACAGGAUCGCCAUGCUUCCGAAUAAAUCAACUGCACCAGUGUGGAAGCCGCAUCCUAUGUAUUGUUAAGAGACCUGGAGCUUCGAUAGGACACAAAACUCAUUGCACCAGGAGUGGAUCGGUUCACAUCAAUCGAGUUCUUUGUUGACGAUGGUGGCAGCUACACGAUGUGCCCUCCAUGGGACACCGUCUGUGGCCUCCCCAGCCAUCGCCGCGGUCACGCUGUGCUUGCAGAUACCUUCAGGAUAGUUGAAUUUCACCUCGUCGUCCAUGUUCUGUGUUUGUUGUACUUUAUUCAGCCUCCCAGAAAAGAUUGUUGCUGUCACGGUUCAAAACAACAAGAACUAAGCCUACUAGGGUAAAUGGUAGAAACACCAAAAACCGAAAACAUGUAACUGAACUAAAAGCUACCCUCGAAA